CCCUCUCUCUCUAAAAAAGCCUCUCUCUUUCUCUCUCCUCUCUCUCUCUCUCUUUCGAAAAGCUUCCAAAAUUAGAGAGCGCAAAGCAGAAAUGUGUGCUCUCUUCUUUUAGUUUUCAAUGGGAAACAGAGUUGCAAAAGCUCAUAAUCUCUUUCCGUCCAAUCUGAUAAACCCUGAGCUUUUGGUAUUUUAGGGUUUUUGAAACGGGCUUGUUGGCAAUGGAAGAAGCUAACGAUGCCAGUAAUGUGGCUCGAGCUGUUUUUGCAGCACUGGAUUUGAACUCAAAUGACGAAACAAGAAGGGCUGCGGUUUCUUAUUUAGAAUCUAUGAAAGCUGGAGAUGUUCGCAAUUUAGCAAGCACAUCCUUCAAUUUGGUGAGAAAGGAGUGGGUUUCUGAGAUACGCUUGCAUGGAUUUAAAAUGCUACAGCAUUUGGUGCGACUGCGAUGGGAGGAGCUCACAACUGAUGAAAGGAGGAAUUUUGCCAGCCUAACAGUCAAUCUAAUUUCAGAGAUGGCAAGUCCGCAGGAACAAUGGGCACUGAAAAGUCAAACGGCAGCUCUCAUUGCUGAGGUAGUUAGGAGAGAGGAUUUUAGCUUAUGGCAAGAAUUGCUACCUUCAUUGCUUGGUACAUGUAAUAAAGGUCCCAUAGAGGCAGAACUAAUUGCCAUGUUGCUGAGAUGGCUUCCAGAGGACAUCACUGUUCAUAAUGAAGAUUUAGAAGCGGAUCGACGUAGACUUUUGCUGCGUGGGCUGUCGCAAUCUCUAUCAGACAUUUUACCUUUGCUAUACAGUUUACUUGAGAAACAUUUUGGGGCUGCUGUGAGUGAAGUGCAAAGAGGGCAAUUGGAUGUGGCAAGGAUGCAUGCUGCCGCAGUGACAGCUGCUCUUAAUGCUGUCAAUGCUUAUGCAGAAUGGGCUCCUGUAUGUGAUCUUGCGAAAUCGGGUCUGAUCAAUGCAUGUGGUUUCCUGCUCUCUUCUGUUGAGUUUCGUCUUCAUGCAUGUGAAUUCUUCAAGAUUGUUUCUCCCAGGAAAAAACCUCCUGAUGCAUCAGCUUCUGAAUUCGAGUUUCCCAUGAGGAAUAUCUAUCAGCUACUGAUGAGUGCAUCUAAAGAUUUCUUAUGCCGAUCGGACUCACAACCUUGUAGUAUUGACGAAAAUGAAUUUGAGUUUGCGGAAUGCAUCUGUGAAAGUAUGUCUUCAAUAGGAUGCAAUAACUUGUACUGCAUUGCUGGAGAUAGCUCUGUUCUUUCUCUUUACCUUGAACAGAUGUUGGGAUAUUUUCGACACUUCAAGCUGGCGCUUCAUUGCCAUUCAUUGCUCUUUUGGUUGGGGUUCGUUAGGGAAUCAGUGUCUAAGCCUAAGGCUUCUGUUCAAAUAUCUGGAGAUAGUGCAGGCUCUUCUUUUGGACAUUCUGACAAGGAAAAUAAAGGGCCUUUAAUUUCUAUUGGUGAUGAUUGUUGUAGUGCUAUUUUGGAUGUAUCAUUCCAGCGGUUGCUUAAGAAAAAUGUUCCUGCAACUACUUCAGGAGGGGUAUUGGAGUUAUGGGAUCAUGAGUUUGAAAGCAAGGAAUCAUUCAGCAGAUAUCGUUCUAGAAUUUUGGAGCUUGUUAGGAUACUUGCUUCUUACAAGCCGGUAGUUGCAGCUGUAAAGAUCUCUGAGAGGAUUGGCUUAGUAUUCAAGAGUUAUUCACUCACAUCACUACCUUCUCAGGACUUGAAUGAAAUGGAAGGCACCCAACUGGCUCUUGAAACGGUUGUCAGUGGGAUUUUUGAUGGGUCUACUGAAUCUGGUACUGGUUGUUCUCCUGAAGAUCAAGUCAUGUUGCACAGUAUAAUGGAAGAAUUACUUCGUAAUUUGAUUUCUCUUAAAUGGACGGAUCCUGCAUAUGUGGAAAUCCUUGGUCGGCAUUUAGAUGCAUUGGGCCCAUAUUUGAAGUGCUUUCCUGAAGCUGCUGGUGAGGUUGUUAAAAAGAUUUUUGAACUUAUAAUGACACUUCCAGUUGCCUCAAAGGAUCCUUCUACGGCUGGUUUUCGCCGAGCCAGAUUGCAGGUUUGCACAUCAUUUCUUCGGAUUGCCAAAGCCGCUGACAAAAGCCUUCUUUCUCUUAUGAAGAGUAUUGCUGAUACCAUGGCUUAUCUCCAAGGUGAGGGAUCUCUACAUCGUGGAGAGCAUAAUCUUUUGGGGGAAGCAUUUCUUGUCAUAGCUUCUGCUGCUGGGAGUCAACAGCAGCAAGAAGCUUUGGCCUGGUUGCUCGAACCCUUCAGCAAACAAUGGACACAGCUGGAUUGGCAAAAUUUAUAUUUGGCUGACCCUAUGGGUAUUGUGCGUCUAUGUUCAGAUUCAGAUCUCAUGUGGUCAAUUUAUCAUUCUGUUGCAUUCUUUGAGAGAGCCCUCAAAAGAAGUGGACAAGGAGGGUCAAGAAGAAGCACUCCGAUUCAGCAAAAUAAUUCAUCAACAAGCUCUGAAUCCAACUCUGUCCAUCCAAUUGCACCUCAUAUAUCAUGGAUGUUGCCUCCACUAUUAAGGUUGCUUCGCUGUGUGCACCCUCUCUGGUCUCAAUCCAUUGUUCAAUGUUUGCCGGGACAACUAAGGAGUGCAAUGAAUAUAUCUCAAGCUGAGCAAGUUAGUCUUGUUGGAGAUGUGUUAUCUAAAUCUGCAAAGGAGGUGCCACCUUUGUCUGAUGGGGCUCAGAAUCCAAGUGAUGCAAAUAAGGCGGGACACACUUUGGAACCUAAUGAAAGUGACAUUAGAACCUGGCUUAAAGGCAUCAGAGAAAGUGGGUACAAUGUAAUUGGCCUAUCAGCAAGCAUUGGGGAUUACUUUUUCAGAUGCUUAGAGAGCCAAUCUGUUGCCAUAGCACUUAUGGAGCACAUAGAAUGUAUGGAGUUCAGGCAUAUACGCCAGCUCAUACACUCAACGUUGAUUCCUUUAAUAAAAUCAUGCCCUGUGGAUUUAUGGGCUGAAUGGCUAGAAAAACUUCUUCCACCACUAUUUAGACAUUGUCAGCAGGCUCUUUGCUGUUCAUGGUCCAACCUUGUACAUGAAGGAAGAGCAAAGGUUCCAGAUAUCUGUAGAAAUCAUUCUGAAAUGGAUUUGAGGCUGGAGGUGUUGGAGGAGAAGCUGCUUCGAGACCUGACUCGUGAAAUAUGUGUUUUGCUCUCGGUGCUGGCUUCACCACCGCUCAAUAAAGGGCUCCCUUCUCUUGACCAACCUGGUAGCACCAACCGCAUGGAGUUGUCUUCUCUAGAUGAGGCAGAUGCAAUCGUUUCGAACUCUUUGUUUGGCUUUGCCUUGAAGCACAAGGAUUUGGCUGUUCCUGCCCUACAAAUAAGUAUUGAUACCCUUUCACGGCCAGAUGGGGAAGCCGUCUCCAAGGUUCUUGUGUUUUGUGGAGCCACUGUUAUUCUAGCUGCUCUUUCAACAAAUAAUGCGGAACUCAGGGAGUUUGUUGCGAGAGACUUGUUUGCUGCUGUGAUUCAAGGCUUAACAUUGGAGUCAAAUGUCAACAAUAGUGGAGAGCUUGUCAGUCUUUGUCGUGAAAUAUUUGUCCAUCUAGCUGACAGAAAUCCUGGGCCCAAACAGGUUUUACUAUCUCUACCCUCUAUUACAUCAAAUGAUCUGCUUGCCUUUGAAGACGCCCUUGCUAAAACUUCCAGUCCUAAAGAACAAAGGCAACAUAUGAAAAGUUUGCUUCUAUUAGCUGCUGGGAACAAUUUGAAAGCCCUCAGUUCUCAGAAAAAUAUCAAUGUUAUAACAAAUGUUUCUCCCAAACUGCGGAACCCAGCCCCGAAUGUCAACGCUGGUGUUGUAGAUGGUGAUGUGAUAGGCUUGGCAGCUAUAACGUGAGACAUGGUUCUGGACCUGCUUAUGUACAGCAUUGUGUACAGAAAGGAACAUGCAAUAGGAUACACAUUCUCAGAGAGAGAGAGAGAGAAGGUUUUCCAGUGGGUGAUUCCGUGCCGGGGAACUCCUGGAGCUUAUUUAUCCUCUGCUUCACUUUUUUUUGUGUUUGGCAGUCCGGCAUUUUUGGCUUGUUUAUUUUAUCAUGUUUGAUGAGCACUGAGGAACGUACGGAUGGGAUCACUCAGAACAGUUACUUAGAAAUAUGGUUUGAGUUUUUGGUCAGCAUUUUCAUGGUGGGCUGAAUAAUGCUCUUUUUAGGGAUCUUAUUAUUAUUAGAUUUUAUUAUUUUAAUGUAUUGGCGAGUUUCAUGUUUGUAGUACCGAAA